AUGACGAUAUCUAUACCUCCUGAUUUUACCCGCCUUUCUCUUAGUGGCUCCUGCAAGCGUUCUUGCGGAUAUGAUGCUGACUCCACUUUCCAUGACGAUGUACAUAAAAAGAAGAGGAAAACAAGUAUUUCAGCAGAUCCUGAACUCCCUCAUGAAAAUAACCUUCCCCACCUGAGCCAAGAAACCACAAGAACACAUUCUCCUUCUGCGUCCAGUCCUUCAGUCAUUCCAGGAUCCUCCUCUGUUCAGGACUCAGGGUCCCUGUUCACACUGAAAACGGGGUGUUCACCCAAUGUUGUAUUUUCUCAGACUGUUCAUCAUCCUCAUGUCAUCUGUGGACUUGCCGAGGAUCUUUCCUCUGAGAAUCCUGUACCAGCAGUCACCACAAGUGAACCUGGAGAGGAGCUUGAGUCUCUGGAGGACAUAGAGACACCUGUUAAGUUGUACAUUCUGCCUGCAUAUUCACCUCCACCUCCCCCAGAAUCCUCCAGCAGCAUUAGCAACACCAGUUUCUUGCCUCGUUCUCACAGCAUGUCCUCACUGAGUCCGGACACCUCUGCAGAGGACAAGAACAUGAGUCCAGCAACGAGCUUACCUGAGAUGGUGUUCGAAGAACGUUUUGAGGAGUUUGAUCCUGAUAUCACAGAUGAUGAAGACGGUGACACCUACAGGUUAUGGUGCCCUGGUCCCGGUCUGUACUGGUGCAGUGUGACACAUCUGGUCUUUAACAUGGAGGGAGGAGGAGAUGUGACCUACAGGGUUGUUCCAUGGAACCGGAGGCUGCUUGCCCAAUAUUACAAGAAGUGUGCAGGUCCUCUGUUUGACAUCCAAAGUCUCCAUCAGACUGUGUGUCAGCUUCAUCUUCCUCACUGUCAGAUCGGCUCAACCGCCAACUCCUUAUCGGUCGCACACGUGACAGACGACGGCAUCAAGUUUAUCGCUCCUCGUAGGAUCACCGAAACUCAUGUCAUCAUAAACAUCAAUGGUUUUUCUGCUUAUGGAAAUGUGAAGGACAACAGCUCGCCCCCUGAUCCGGUCCGAGCGUUGGUGCUGCUGUUCUACGCACCUCCUCUUGAUCCUGAACUCAGGUCUGUCCUGAAUGUGCUGCUGCUGUCGAGGAACGUCAUGCUCCGUGAUGUGCUGCAAAUCAGGAAGAGAUUAGUUGGAGAUGAGCAAUACAUCGAGACGCUGCCACACUGCAAACUGAAGCCAAAGCAGGAGUACACACUGUUCACCUGUCCCGAAGACAAUUCCGUUCAAGUUACACCAGCAGAAGCAGAGUUUGAUGAAGAGUCCUACGACAGCUACUUCCCAUCAUUCCUGGUGAUUUUAGAAACACUAAUCAAAGACAUGACCCUGUUCCUCAGAGAUGCCGCUGACUCCAGCUGUGUUUGGCAAAGCCCGGUUUGUCUCCUGUCCACUUCAGUGAGAAAACCCUCUGGGCUGAACGUUCUAAACCUCCCUGAAAAAAAGAAGCUGCUGGAGAUACGGAGCAACGUCAUUGACGGCGUCUCAGAACCUGUUCUCAAAAGUCUGCUGGACAAGCUGUUGGAGAAAAAGGUGAUAAGUGACUCUGAGAAGGACUCAGUGGACGGGAACCGGAACAAAACAGGCAAGCCUCGUUUUGUCAUCGACACGGUGAGGAUGAAAAGCGAAGCUGCCAGUUCACAGAUGAUUGAGUUUCUCUGCGAGCUCGACCCCUUCCUCUGCGAACAUCUCGGACUGAUGUGAAGAAACCAUAUUGACCGAGUGACUGGAAACAGAUUUCUGUAACUCAUUUCUGAAAUGAUUUCUGGGGGUUGUGGCCAAGCUGUUCCUGUGUUUGUUUCAAGUGCAGAAGGUUCCCGGUUCA